CAUACUCUCCAGCCCCUGGCAGCCUUCCCUAGCUUGGGGCAGCUCACGCUCGAGAAGCUGCGCAUAGUUUCCCAGGAAACCAAGUCAUUGGAAAAAGUGUUCACUCCCUCGAUUGAAAGUAUAUCGCUAAAUGUCACCCCAAUCAAAACUGCUGUGUCUCUCUUUACACAUCUAGCCCUUCCCGUCGAUGUCAAGAUCGGCCUAAACCUCACGCAAAUUCAAGGACCUCAAUGCUUUUCUGAUUUAUUUUCGGCCAUGGACAAGGAUCCUAAUAGACCAGAAGGAUUGGGACCCAUCAUUCGGACCCUGCACGCCACCAUUUCGCAACGUGCUUUUGGUGCCCAGUCUAGCACAUCGAUUGCGCUCAAAUCUGAAAAUUUCCAGAACCCUUGUGACGAUGAUACACGACUCUUAAUCCAAUUCACAUGCGACGGACACGUUGACGAAACCAUCAUAUUCGACAUGUGUCGGAUCGUCACACAGGGCAGGAUUCAAAUUUUGAGUCUUGCGUCAGCCCUGAGUCUAUGUCCCAAAAUAUUUCUGGCGUGCUGGGUCUGCCAACCUUCCAGAGCUCAAAGUUGCCAAUCUGAACAUGCGCUCCAUCGGAGGCUUAAUCGCUGCACUUCAGAUCGAAGGUACGGGGAGCUCGGAUAUAGCAUAUCCUUCUCUCAGUAUUUUAAAAGCUUGAGGGCGUCAACUUCCGGAAUAACGAAUUUGAAGACCUCCAGGACAUGAUCAAAAUGCGACACAAUAAUGAUGUUCGUAUAGACGAACUCCGGCUCGCGAACGCUCGGUGAGGUGCAGUUCCUUGAGGAAGUGGUUGACAUCAAUUGGGAUGGAUAUGCAGAGACCUUGGGAAUUGAUCUCGAAUGCAUGGCAGAUGAUGAUCUUUAUGAUUCAGAUGACUCAGAUGAGCACAUGGAGGACUUUAUUUUUUAUUGUUUCGUGACGUUCAUAUUUUAGAGUACUGUCGAAUGUACUUUCACUAGAGGUAUCAGAUAGGUUUCUGCCUCGCGGGGACUCAGGGUCGUCGUUGGACUUGCAAGUUGGAGGCCUGUAUAUUAUGGGUACACCUUGAAUGUCACACUGCAAGGUUGACGUCUGGCAGACCCAAGACGAAGAAGUGCCACGGCUCUUUUGGAUAAUGAAGACUGUCGCUGCUCUG